CCGUAGUCGAUUACUUAAGCCUUUGAUAUGUACACACUGAAAGACAGCCCCUCUCUUGUUUUGCUGCUGUUGUUUCACACUGCUAGAUUUUCCAGUGUUUUAACGCUUUUUUUAAAAAGCCAUGUCUAGGUUUUUUUCCUCUGCGAUUAAUGACUUAAUCGUGAAAUGCAAGUUCGCCUGUCCGCAGAAAGUGCGUCUUUAUUCUUUACGCAGCAGCCGGUUUCUGCGAAGAAACCUUCCGAGAAAUUGUCUGCAUGUUUACCAACAAAGCCGGGGCGUCCGUACUGCCGUACGUAGUCUGUUUGCGUCCUUUAAGUCUACAAAGUUACGGUUUUGGAUUCUGGGGGUCGGUGCCGGUUCCGUCUUAGCUUUAGGGAUAAAGGAUCAUGUGUACGUGGGUAGUGAAUGCGAGGAGAAAACGGCAAGAGAGCACAUCAGGAACGGAGGCUUCGACGGAGCCGUCAAAGUCAGCCGGGACCUGCUGCAGAGGAUAAAGGUACAGGAUGAAGUGGGGGCACCGGGGAUUGUGGUUGGAGUAUCUGUAGAUGGAGUUCCUGUCUGGUCGGAAGGGCUGGGAUACGCAGACUUGGAAAACAGAGUUCCCUGCAGAGCGGGGAGCGUAAUGCGCAUCGCCAGCAUCAGCAAGUCCCUCACUACCACAGCUGCAGCGCGUCUGUGGGAGCAGGGCCUCCUGGACCUCGAUGUUCCCGUGCAGAAAUAUGUGCCAGAGUUCCCCGAGAAAGAGUUCGAGGGAAAACCUGUGACCAUAACCACAAGGAUGCUGCUGUCCCAUCUGAGCGGGAUUCGCCACUAUGAGAAAGAUUCGAAGAAGGUGAGAGAGGAGAAAGAGACAACUAAACGCCCCCCCGGGUCUCCAGGAAGGCUGCAUAAAGAGGACAAGGGUGUCGACGGCAAGGAAAAAAACAAUGACGUCAAGAAGAAGGAGACCGGGCCAGGGAGGAAGAAGAGGGAGUUUGAGCAGGAGGAGUACUACCUUAAGCAGAACUUUGAUAGCGUGGUUCAGGCUCUCGAGCUGUUUAAAAACGACCCACUUGUUUUUAAGCCAGGCACCACCUUCCUGUACUCCACGCACGCCUUCACCCUGCUGAGUGCCGUGGUGGAGAGGGCCGCGGGCCAGCGCUUCUUGGAUCACAUGACGCAGAUGUUCCGGGAUCUGGGCAUGCUGAACACCAUGGCCGAAGAGAACGACCCCAUUAUAUACCACCGCUCCAGGUUUUACCACCGCAAUAAAAAAGGUCGGAUCGUAAACUGCCCCUAUGUGGAUAAUUCAUACAAGUGGGCAGGGGGUGGAUUCCUCUCCACCGUGGGUGACCUGCUGCUGUUUGGCGAUGCCAUGCUGUACAGCUACCAGAUGGCGCACAUGAAAGACGAAGAGGAGCUGUUGCCUGGGUUCCUGAAGCCCCAAACUGCCGCCAUGGUGUGGGCCCCGGUGGACAAGACCGAGGGCUCCUGGGAUAAGGAUGGCAGAUAUGGGAUGGGCUGGCUGGUCGUGGAGAAACAUCAGGAAUACGGCCAGUGCAGGAAACGCCGGCACUAUAUAUCGCACACAGGGGGUGCCGUGGGGGCCAGCAGCGUGCUCCUGGUGCUGCCUAAGGAACCACAGGAGACACCAAACGAGGUGUUGGCCCCCCCAAGGGGAGUGGUAGUUGCUGUCUUGAUAAACAUGCAGUCCGUGGGACUGAAUGGCACAGCCUUGAAGAUCGCCCAGGAGUUCGACAAAGCCACGAGAGACUGACGGCGGGCAUAGUGCCCCCUGGCAACCCGAAUCAGUGCCAAUCGAGCCAUGUCACCAGCUGGCUCUCAAAAAUGCACAAGUUACUUUCAAAGUAGCUUUUUUACGUCAAUUAUUUUUGUACAUCUGAUGUGUAAAUUAAAAUUGAUAAGGA